GCUAAUUUCUUGAAUAUGUUUGCUAUUGGAAAUCAUUUUUGCAUAGUCUUCAAAUUCCUAUUACCAAAACACAUUUACAAGUAUUUUCAGAUGUUUCCAUUCCAAAGCAAGAUGGAAAGAUUGAACUCUUUGCGAAGAAUAGCUUUUCAAGUAACUCAAAGUCUUAUUGUAUUAUCAAGUUUGAAUAUCAUUCAUGCUGACAUAAAGCCUGAAAACAUUCUCUUCACAGAUGCAAGUAGAAAAAACGUCAAAUUAAUAGACCUGGGCAAUGCAAUUUAUUGUGUUCACAAAGAGAUGUCUCUAUAUUUUGACUCGUUUGAAUUACAAACUGUCUUUUAUCGAGCCCCGGAAGUUAUGUUCGGCUUACCAUUUGUUUAUCAGAUUGACAUGUGGUCGCUGGCUUGUGUACUAGCAGAGCUUUAUCUGGGAGAACCGCUAUUUCUCGCGACUUCAAAAGAGGAAAUACUGGAGCAAAUUCAUUCACUGUUAGGACCACUACCUUUGUCUCCAUACCAGGAGGGAAAAUAUUUUACAGAUUUUAAGAAAUAUGUUUCUCGUAACUCAUUGGUACACGGUCAUUGUGAAAAAGUUGUUAACGUUAUGAAAAAAUUGAAAUCGACUGACUUCAUUUUCGCUGACUUUGUGACGAAACUUUUGGCAUUCGACCCUUGUUUGCGUCUUACACCAAUGGACGCACUUCGUCAUCCGUUCUUGGCUCCGGAAUGUGCGAGUGGUUUCAUUUCAUCUCAUGGGAAUUUUUCACAAGCAGAAUCUGGUUAUCCAUCAGUACUCCUUACUUCAGAAACUUAUCCUUAUCAUCCGUUUAUUGACGAGAAGAUAAAGAAACUCCAUUUCUCGGAUUUGGAAUUGCUACGUGUCGGGACGUGCAGAAAACCUGCUUCCCACAACGUUCUCAAAGUUCUACCCGUAAAUUAUCAGGCCGAUCAUUCUGAAGAUGUCGAUGAAUCUUCGCUUAACACUGAUGAUCAAAGUGAAGGUCCUUUUAACGAAUCCUGUUACGCGUUGAACACGCGAGUUUCUCGAAGUGAUCAUUGCCGACGAGAUCCGUCACGUAAACGACAACGUAGAUUUUUCAUACGUGGACAAUCCAAAGCACCUCGGACAAGUCAAGAAGAAUUAUCAUGUUCAUUGGCUUCUACUGAGAAAUAUGUUGAUAAUAACGCUGUUUUUGACGACGGUAGAACGGGUUACAGUUGUGAAAAAUCAAACAAGAUUAUAGCAAAAAGAGGACGUAAACGAAGUGCACUAUAUUGUCGUCCAUCCUGGCUGAAAGCAACCAAAAAAAUACUUCCAAUAAUCAAUACAAAAACUAAAUCAAAAUGUACUGGAGCAAAAAUCACGUCCCGUGUCUGUAGUGGUUCUGUAGACAAAGAGUAUGCGGCAUCUUUUUCUCAAUUAGAAAAAGGAUCUAACGGAGAAAGUGGUGAUAAUCAUGAUGGUAUUGCACUUUGA